UACCAUUACAGAAGAAGAGUUUUAUUCUUGUUCUGAGCUGGACGCCUACGACGUUAAAGAAUUGAAAGAGAAUCCGGCUUUGCUUGACCAUUUAAAGAAAAUGAUUGAGACUUCUGCCGGGUCUAGCGAGUCAAAGGUUUUAAAAAUUUCCCCUUUGGCGGAUGAGUGGGGCUCAUCGAAAGGUGGACUAUCUACUCUAAACAGGGAGAUGUGCAAAGGGCUGGCUCAACUGCCUGAUGUGUCGGUGACCUUGGUUGUGCUAGGGUUUACUAAGGCGGAAAGGAAAGAAGCUUCAGAGCAUAACGUGAACCUUGUCAAGGUGGAAGAGAUACCCGGAUUUGACCCCAUCUCCUCAUUGUCAUUUCCACCCGACAGCUGUGAAAUUCACGCUGUAGUGGGUCAUGGACAGAAGCUGGGGCCGUCAGCUUUUGCCGUGGCGAGACAGCGACGAUGCCAACGGGUUCAUAUAGUGCACACAGCAAGUGAAGAGCUUGCAAUGUUUAAGAAAGGGCAGAAAGCUUCGAUUCGGGCUGGUGAGAAAAAGCACCAAAUUGAGGUAAAACUGAGCCAAACAGCUGAUGUCAUCGUGGGCAUUGGACCAAAACUCACUGACUCUAUCCAACGAAGCCUCCAAGCGCACCAGAGAGAUGAAGAUGUGAUUAACUUCACACCAGGCAUUUUUACAGAGUUCUCUAACCUAAAGCAAGCCAAAAGACAGGGGAAAAUAUUCUCUAUCUUAUUAUUUGGUCGCGGCAACGAAGAAGAUUUUGAAAUCAAAGGUUACGACGUUGCCGCACGGGCUAUAGCAGCCUUGAAAGACGGCUGUCGCCUUGUGUUCGUCGGCGCGGCAGAUGGGGAGCAAGAAGAAGUAGCAGACAGAUUGUUUAAUUAUGGCAUCCCCCGCAACCAGCUGAUAGUGCGCACCUUUUACGAAAGCCGCGAUGAGCUGGCCGUACUUUUCCUUCAGGUAGAUUUGGCCAUUAUGCCUUCGCGAACAGAAGGGUUCGGUCUUGGAGCCCUCGAAGCCCUCUCAGCCGGCCUUCCAAUCCUCGUGAGUGAUAACAGUGGAUUAGGCCAAGUUCUCAAAGAACUUUCAGGUGGAAGCUCUUUUGUGGUGCAGUCUGAUGAACCCCAUAAAUGGGAAGAAGCCAUCAGCAAGGCAAAAGAAAAAUCAAGGGAUGUGCGAUUGCAGGAGGCUAUCGAUCUGCGGACGCGUUAUGAUGAGAAAUACAAAUGGAAAGAGCAGUGUGAAGCAAUUGUGGAAAAAUUACGCCAGCGUAAAUGAUGCAAGGCCUUAGCUGAAAAGAACUGAACAUAGAAAAGGUCCAUGACAUUUCUAACAAUUUCAUGGUACAUUACGGAAAAACAGCAAUAUUGUUGACAUGAGUAGAUUUUGAGUGAACUUUGGACAAUUAUUCACAUUCAAGCAGUUUACGGCCUGCUCUUCUAGUGGACUAAAGAAAUGUUAAAGAAUCUCCAUUCUGUUUCCGAAUUACUUUGGGUUUAAGGCUUGUUUCAAAUUGAUUGUACAAGAGAAGACUUUACAGACAAAUUUUUUAUAAGCAGUUGUUGUAGAUAAUCGAAGCUACUUUAGAUCUAGCUUUGUUUUGUAGUGUGGCAAACAAAGUUAUAUUUCAUCAUCACAGCUGUACCUUUAUUGAGACUUCUUUUAUGGGACUUCUAGUGGAAAAGCUUGAUCUAGUAAAAAGAAAAACACUCACAGAACAUUAGAAUCUAUACUGAAUUCACAGAUCUUAUCGAUCAAUCAUUUUGCCAGAUGGUAUCUAACAGUCGUUGAUAUUUGUGGUAGUCAUAGGUUGGAUAAUUCAGGACAUGUUUGCAUGCAUUUGAGGUUGAUAAACGGCCUUAGUGACCUGUGUUGUUGAAGCGUAUGUAUUCAUGAAUAAAGGGGGUAACUGUUUCCAAAGAAA